GCAGUAUUGCCACAUGCCAUAACAGCACAGAAGUACCUAGAAGAAGAACGUCAAAGAUUUAUUUCCUUGGCGCUUCUAAUAAUAUUUCCUGCAUUAAAAUUGUGCUUUAAGAGGACUGCAACCAUUUUAAAGCUUUAAACUUUAGCACAAUGGACGAAAAGGCGUUGGAUCCUAACGAAGGGGAUGUUGGGUCUUGUUUGGGAGCCACCGGAGGAUCUUCCGGUUCCCGUUUAGACUCGCAGUUGCAGGAUGCUCUUCGGUUAAAGGCGGAGGGUAACGCAUUUUACCAGGAGAAAAACGUGCGCGCAGCCAUCGGACGUUAUCACCGUGCCUUGCUCAUUCUUCGUGGCCUGGACGCUGAGGUGACCUCUGCCCUUCAAGGGUUUGGCAGUCAGUUGCCUAAACUGAACCCAGAACAGGAGGAGCUGUUAAGAAACACCCAAGUAGAUUGCUAUAACAAUUUGGCAGCAUGUUUGCUACAGCAAGAUGUGGUCAACUAUGCUCGUGUGUUGGAGUACAGUCUUAAAGUGCUCCAUUGGAGGGCAGGUAACACUAAAGCCCUGUACAGAGCCGGGGUGGCAUCAUUACAACUAGGUGAUGCUCAGACUGCUCGACAGUACCUCUUAGAAGCCAACAAGAGCACACCCAAUGAUGCCAAUGUGAAGAAACAGCUUCAGCGAGUGGAGGAGAGACUCGGCAAAGACUACCAGAAAGAAAAGGCGCUCUACAAAGGCAUGUUUAGCAAACAGAAACAAGCAGAAGAGCCGCUGGCCGAUGAGAAAAGCCAAAAAUAGGUCUAAAUGGACUUAUCAUACAUGAGUCAGAAGGCACAGGUAUAAAACGCCUUAAAACGGAGCUGAUGGUUUCCUGAAAGACAUGGGCUCUUGGGAAGUUUUGCUUUAGGAUACAGAAAAAUUGCCACAAAUGGCAUUUACACUUGUGGGAUUGACGUCCCCAUGCCAGGACUGAUUGUGUAUGGCUGAAAUCUGGUGCAAAGUGGCGGCUUGAAAGACACUUAAAACUAAAAGCAUUUUAGUCACUUGCAUAUUUUUCCCCCUCAGAAUAAAGUCCUUACCUGUUUUGUUCAUCCAAAUAAAUAUUUUUGAAAGUACUCCUAUGUUUUUGUGAUUUGCUUUGGGGUUGACACUGUAUAAAGCGGUUGUUAAAGUAGGAUUGAAUCAAGCUAAUACGAUUAUGGAAAAUUAAUGAAAAUCUUAUUGAAAACAGACAUUUGUGUGUGGGAACAAAGAUCUGCUUAUGUAAUCUUAUUGUACCUAAUAAUGCUAAACCUCUUAUUUUAUGUGGUAAAAAAAGAAAAAAAAUACAUGCAUGGCUGCGAGAUAUAUUGCAGAUGUGCAAAGCACAACCAUUUGCAAUGAAUGAACAAUACUUCAAAAAUACUUUAAAAAGUUACGUAUAAUCAGACAACGAGUGAUGCUUUCUUUUCUCAGAGAAAAUGAAAAAUUGACGUUGGUAAAUGUAUUUUAAUAUAAUUCAAAUUAAUUUAAGCAUUAAUGUAUGGCACAUUGUCGAAGCCUGUGGCUGUGUGGACAUAUAGUGCAACUGUGCCCUGAGAGACCUGUGUUCGAGUCC